AUGCAGAGCUACAAGUACGACAAGGCGAUCGUUCCCGAGAGCAAGAACGGCGGCAGCCCCGCGCUUAACAACAACCCGCGGAGGAGCGGCAGCAAGCGGGUGCUGCUCAUUUUCCUGGACCUCUUCUGCCUCUUUAUGGCUGGCCUGCCCUUCCUAAUCAUCGAGUCAAGCACCAUCAAGCCUUACCACCGAGGGUUCUACUGCAGUGAUGAGAGCAUCAAGUACCCGCUGAAAACUGGCGAGACGAUAAACGAUGCUGUGCUCUGUGCUGUCGGGAUCGUCAUUGCCAUCUUGGCGAUUAUCACAGGGGAAUUCUACCGGAUCUACUACCUGAAGGAGAAGUCCCGAUCAACAAUUCAGAAUCCCUAUGUGGCAGCGCUCUACAAGCAAGUGGGUUGCUUCCUCUUUGGCUGUGCCAUCAGCCAGUCCUUCACAGACAUUGCCAAAGUGUCCAUAGGACGCUUGCGUCCUCACUUCCUGAGUGUCUGUAACCCGGAUUUCAGCCAGAUCAACUGCUCCCAGGGCUACAUUCAGAACUACAGAUGCAGAGGCGAUGACAGCAAAAUCCAGGAAGCCAGGAAAUCCUUCUUCUCUGGACAUGCGUCCUUCUCCAUGUACACCAUGCUGUAUUUAGUGCUGUACCUGCAGGCCCGCUUCACUUGGCGAGGUGCCCGCCUGCUCCGGCCCCUCCUGCAGUUCACGCUGCUCAUGAUGGCCUUCUACACGGGCCUGUCACGCAUCUCUGACCACAAGCACCAUCCCAGUGAUGUCCUGGCAGGAUUCGUUCAAGGGGCCCUGGUGGCCUGCUGCAUAGUUUUCUUCGUGUCUGACCUCUUCAAGAACAAGACGACGCUCUCUCUGCCUCCACCUGCUAUCAGGAAGGAAAUCCUCUCUCCUGUGGAUAUCAUUGACAGGAACAACCACCACAACAUGGUGUAGGUGCCACCCACCUCUCGAGCUGUUUCUGUAAAAUGACUGCUGACAGCAAUUUCUUGCUGCUCUUCAAUCUCAUCAGACAGUAGAAUGUAGGAGAAAA